AAUGGGGGGAGAGGGGAGUGAAGUGUAUAUAUAUGGGAGGGAUAUGGCUGAUGAACCAGACCUAGUGAAGCAGCACUAGCUAGAUUAGCUGGUGUUGGCAAUGGCUGCUAGUCGUCGCCUCCUUGUAUUCUUCACGGCCCUCGCUGUUUCCCUCACCGUCGCGGCGUCGUUUUCGGCCACCGACAGCGAUGGCUCGUCGACGGAUGCCAACAAUGCCAUUGGCCGGCUCGGCAUCCCCAUCCCGCGCCGCAACUCAACGGGGCCCAUGGUCACCGACCUGUCCGUGUGCGGCCCCGCGGAGCUCCCGCCGCACGCGCUGCCGCCGUUCCAGUGCUGCCCACCGCCGUCCCCCGUGCCGCCCAUCGACUUCAAGUUCCCCGACUCGUCGGAGCCGUUGCGCGUUCGCCGGCGGAUGCACAAGGUGAGCGCGGAGUUCCUGGCCAACUUCACCCGCGCCAUUGAGCUGAUGAAGGCGCUGCCGAAGGACGACCCGCGCAGCUUCUACCAGCAGGCCAACAUCCACUGCGCGUACUGCACCGGCGCGUAUAAGCAACUGGGCCAUCCGGAGCUCAACAUCCAGGUGCACAACACCUGGUUCUUCCAGCCCUUGCACCGGGGUUACCUCUACUUCUUCGAGCGCAUCCUCGGCAAGCUCAUCGGCGACCCAGCUUUCGCUGUUCCGUUCUGGAACUGGGACGCGCCUGAGGGCAUGCCGAUGCCGUCCAUGUUCUCCAACCGCGACUCCACGCUGUUCGACCCGCUCCGCAACCCCAGCCACUCCCCGCCGAGGUACCUCGACAUGCACUUCGACGGCGUGGACGUCAACCGCACCGCCGAGGAGCAGGUGGAGCUCAACCUCAGGACCAUGUACCGGCAGCUGAUCACCAACGCGCCGCUGCCGUCGCUGUUCCACGGACAGCCGUACCGUCCGGGGGAUAAGCCCAACCCAGGGGCAGGGUCGCUGGAGGUGUACCCGCACAACCACGUGCACUACUGGUGCGGCGACCUGCGGCGGCCCAACAAUGAGAAUAUGGGCGUCUACUACUCCGCCGGGCGCGACCCCAUCCUGUACCCGCACCACUCCAACAUCGAUCGCAUGUGGGAGGUGUGGCGCGCGCUCGACCCCAACCGCCACGUCGACUUCUCGGACCCGGACUGGCUCGACGCCUCCUUCCUCUUCUACGACGAGGACGCCCGCCUCGUGCGCAUGCGCGUCCGCGACGUGCUCGAUAGCUCCAAGCUCCGCUACACCUACGAGAACGUGCACCUGCAGUGGGUCAACGCCAAGCCCACCGUGACCCCCGGCCUGAGCCGGCAGAGGAGAGCCGCCGCCAAGGCGCUGGAGGCGGUCAGGUUCCCGGUGUCCCUGCAGCGCGCGGUGACUGCGGAGGUGCGGAGGCCGCGGGUGGCGCGGAGCCGGCUCGCCAAGGCGGUGGAGGAGGAGGUCCUGGUGGUCGAGGGGAUCGAGUUCGACGGCACGGAGCUGGUCAAGUUCGACGUGUACAUCAACGCGCCCGAGUACCACAAGGUCGGGCGCGGCGGCCGCGAGCUCGCCGGCAGCUACAUGAGCCUGAAGCACGUCGGGCACAGGCACCACGGCACGUUCGAGACCAGCCUGAGGCUCGCGCUGAACGAGCUGCUCGAGGACCUGGACGCCGACGGCGACGAGACGGUGGCCGUCACGCUGGUGCCGAAACAAGGAAAGGUCAGGAUCGGAGGGCUGAGAAUCGAGUACCUACUCGAGUAGAGUAGAACGUAUCUCGUAUCGUACUAGCACCAAGACAGCAUCUAGGUGCAUGCAUGCAUGCGCGUGCAUGGCAUCCACUUUAUCAUUCGUCAAUUGAUCGAUCUGCCAUAUUUUUGUUGUAUUUGCAUCGUUGCUAUCUCUACGUUUCUUUGCUCCGUGCAAUUCAAAUCUUGUAUUCACAAGCAACUUUUUUUUUUGCGCGCAUGUACUCAAUUUUUCCUCGCAUGUAUGCAGGAGCACUAGAGAUAUUGAUCAUAAAA